CUCUGCUAGAAGGGUGUAAUACACUCGUACUGUAAAAUGGAACUAAUCAUCAUAAUGGUGGUGGCGUUGUUCGCCACCGCCAACGGCUUCUCUCUGAUUUGCCGCAACUACCGAUCCGGGGCACUGAUUCCUAACCCGGAGAAUUGCUCGGAAUUUUUCAUGUGCCGUCCAGGGCGUGCGGUCAAAUUCUCCUGCCCCCGGAACACCCGUUUCAACCCGGUAAUCCGAGCGUGUGACACUAACACGGCAGUGCGUUGCAUACCUGGUCAGCUCCCGGUGGACAACGAGUACACCCCCAUUAACGCCGCUCCUUCGGUCAUCGAGCUGGGUAACUCCGCCUGCGUGAACCAACGAAUCGCUAGCCUACUGCCGAAUACCCGCAGCUGCAGCACGUUCCACCAGUGUUCCUCAGUUGGAGUGAUUACCUUCGAGUGUCCCCCUGGAACCUUGUUCGAUGCUAACCGGCUGUACUGCGAGCGAAGUGACACAGCCUCCUGUCUGAUCGUGCCGGAAAUUCCCAUCCUGCCAAUACCACCGGAUUUCAUCGACACGGAAAUUCACCGUCGGUGCAUCGGUCAACGCGAGGGUACCAAAAUUCGGAACCCGUUGAACUGUCGUCAGUACAUUCACUGCAGCAGUGGCAACCGAUUUCAGGUAUUCGAUUGUCCCCCGGGAACCGCAUUCAAUGAGCAGCAAAUGGUUUGCGAUUGGGAACGGAACGUGCAGUGCUAGAGAUGACCGAGGGGAGGGGGAUCAGGGCGACAGCGAUAAAGUACGCAAUAAAAACGUGUAAAAACACAUUUUAUUUCUGUAAAGAUAAUUUCCAAUAAAAACAAAACGUUUGAAAUGGUGGCGGGUGUAGGAAAUAAGAAAUGAAAGCUCUUAGUUUUUGUGGCAAGUAUCGUAAAAAUUGGACUGGCCGAAGCCGCCGCCGCUUGGAGAUAAUCCAGACUCGCGCUCCUUUCGUUUUACGACCGCUUAUAAUUUGUCUAAAAGCAGAUUAAGCCCAGCUAAUUAAGUCAUUAACACACCGAACCUUGGAGGGAAACAACGAAUCCGUGCGCAUGUUGGCUCCAUGCGUCCCGGAUUGGGGGAGGUGUUGGAGAUAGCUGAUUUAGGCUGACCAUUUAGUGUUGAGUGAGUGGCUGAGGAGAGAAAACAAAAAAAAUCAAGUGUUGAUUGGAGCGAUGAUAAGCUGACGCCUGGAAUGUUGGUUCACAACCGCCGAAAAUGGACUGGAAUAGGAUUCAAUAAAAAAGGGUUCGGUCUUUCUAAACCAGUGACAAUAUUUGUUUAUGGCUGAAUACAAGAAUGUUUGAUUUUGGUUUUCAAUCACCUUCAAAACCACUUUAAUUUGAUUAUUCCGCUAUUAAAUCAGACUUUCGAAUAAAUUUUUGGUUGAAACGAAAUAGCACAGCGAACUAGCACAGAAAUGUAUUUAUUUUUCUAAAGAAUUUUCGAAAUACUCAAGCAUUAUUUCGUCGUCAGAUGAU